UAAAUAUUUAAGUCUUGCUAUUUCUUGAUUCCUGCUUUCAUUUAUAUAUAUUUCCUCCCCUCCUAAGCAUUAAUCUGCGAUUUUGAUUAAAUUGUCGAGAAUUUUGAUUGGUAGAAAAGAAAGUAUAUCUUUUCAACAAGAGGGGAAAAUGCCGGCAGUUUUAGUAAGCGGCUCUGGCGACGUUCCAGAUUACGAAGGCAGGACUACAAUCUAUGUCAUAGUCUGUGUGACCAUAGCGGCUUUUGGGGGCUUAAUGUUCGGAUAUGACAUAGGCAUUUCAGGUGGAGUAACAUCCAUGGAUGAUUUCUUGAAAAAAUUCUUUCCGGCUGUGUAUGAAAGGAAACAACAUGUUCAUGAAAACAACUACUGCAAAUACGAUAACCAGUUCCUCCAGCUGUUCACGUCUUCCUUGUACCUCGCAGCUCUUGUAGCCAGUUUUGCAGCCGCAAGGGUCUGCUCAAAAGCUGGCAGGAAACCCACCAUGCAGAUUGCAUCAGUUUUCUUCCUGGCAGGAGUGCUUUUGACUGCUGGAGGUCUCAACAUAGAAAUGAUAAUUAUAGGGAGAAUUCUUCUUGGCUUUGGAGUUGGUUUUGCCAAUCAAGCGGUACCACUCUUCCUAUCGGAGUUAGCUCCAGCUAAGAUGCGUGGAGCACUCAACAUUAGUUUCCAACUCUUCAUUACUAUUGGAAUUUUCGUAGCCAAUAUGGUAAACUACUUUACAUCAAAAAUCCAUCCCAAUGGAUGGAGAAUUUCUCUUGCCGUUGCCGGUAUCCCUGCUUUGAUGCUCUGCGUGGGAUCUCUCCUCAUUUGUGAGACUCCAACUAGCCUUAUUGAACGUUACAAAGUUGAGAAAGGAAGGAAAGUUCUCAGGAAAAUCCGUGGCGUUGAAAAUGUUGAUGACGAGUUUGAUUCAAUUGUAAAUGCUUGUGAGAUCGCAAGGCAAGUAAAAGACCCUUUCCGCAAACUAAUGAAGCCAGCAAGCCGACCCCCAUUAGUCAUUGCCAUCUUGUUGCAAGUUUUCCAGCAAUUUACAGGAAUCAACGCUAUCAUGUUCUAUGCUCCAGUGCUCUUCCAGACCGUGGGAUUUGGAAGUGAUACCGCGUUGCUUUCAGCUGUUAUUACUGGCCUUGUCAAUGUCCUUAGUACUGUGGUCUCAGUUUAUGCCGUGGAUAAGGCUGGAAGGAGAAUUUUACUACUUGAAGCUUGUGUUCAGAUGUUCAUUUCCCAGACUAUUAUUGGUGUAGUACUGUUGAAAGACUUGAAAACCACGGGUGAUAAUCUUGGGAAAGGGGAGGCAACUUUUGUGGUGAUCUUGGUGUGCCUCUUUGUCAUGGGUUUUGCCUGGUCAUGGGGACCUCUCGGUUGGUUAAUUCCUAGCGAGACUUUCCCUCUAGAGACACGAACAGCCGGUUUUGCUUUUGCAGUCAGCUCUAACAUGCUCUUCACAUUCGUCAUUGCUCAAGCUUUCCUCUCAAUGCUAUGCCAUAUGCAAGCCGGAAUCUUUUUCUUCUUUGCUGCCUGGAUUAUCAUCAUGGGAUUGUUCACCUGGUUCUUGUUGCCAGAGACCAAAGGUGUCCCAGUUGAUUCAAUGGUCGACAAAGUCUGGAAGCAGCAUUGGUUCUGGAGCAGUUUCAUGGGCGAGGAUGACUACAAGGCCGACGUCAAGGUUGUUUGAUCUAGCUUACGUAAGCUGCCUCAUUGUUAGGUUAAAUGCCCAAAGCACGAUAA